UUUUUUUCUGUAACAUACGCGGAAGAAAACAAAACAAACGUGAACUGGGACCUGUCGUAGUUCUGACCGGAGAAACUGGUUUUAAACUUGUUUAAUCACCUCCCGCGGCAGACUGACCUUAAAUGUAGGCUGGCAAAUCCGCAAACUAAAGAGGUAGUGACUACAGCUGUGAAGAAACGAGCGACAUUAGCUAACGACGGUAAACCAGGUGGUGCGUUUUUACUUCUCAUGGGGAGCUUUAUUUACUCAUAAACGUUUAUUUCUACGUCAAAAAAAUGGACUGCAGCCUAACCGAAGGGCUAACUAAAGUGGGACACGACUCUUCAGGGAAAGACAGCUCCGGCUCGGAUGAUGACGUACCGCUCUCGAAGCUGGUGACUAAGCCACACAGUGAGAAGAAACAGUCCCGUGAAAAGAGCCCGACUGUUGGGUCCAAAGCUAAGGCUAAAAGUGCUUCAGAUGACUCUUCAGAUGACGAGCCUUUAAUCAAAAAGAAAAGAGUUCCUGCACUGGAGAAGAAACCACAGAAAAAGGGCAACACACCCAUCAGAUCUAACGGCACAAGUAACAAGAAAGCAGAUGUGAACACAGAUGACAGCUCUGACAAUGAGCCUCUCAUAAAGAUCGCCAAAGCUGCAAAGAAGCCUAUCUCAGUGCCACCCAAAAAAGCUGCCCGCGCCAAAAAGAAAAAAGCCUCUGAUGACUCCGAUGAUGAGCCUCUGAGCAAACUUGUCAAUAAACGAGAGAGAAAGGCCCUCGUCACUCCUUCUAAAAUAGCGAGCCAAGAUACAAAAUCCAGAAGGAACGUGGCAACGAAAAAGGUUAAAUACGCAGAGUCUUCCAGUGACGGUUCAGAUGAUGAACCUCUUGCAGAGAUGAAGAAGAAGUUGACAAACGUGCCUAAAAAGAAUUCAACAGACAAGAAAACCAAACCAAAACUUAAAGACAAACCACCGAAAGACUCUUCAUCCUCAGACAGCAGUUCAGAUGAGGAUGAGGAUGAUGUGCCCUUAGUGAACCUCAUUUCCAAGAGGAAGAAGCCAGUGAAGAAACCACAAAGAAGACAGCUGUGUCCCGAGGCAGUGCCUCAAGAAAGAGACGAGAACCUUCUGAUGAAAGCUCGGACGACGAACCUUUGAUUAAUUUUGUGAAAAAGAAGAGCACAGGCAAACAAACAAACACAAAAACAAAGGCUUCAGCUCCGAAGAAAAGGAACACGACCCCCAGAAAGUCCAGAAAGACGGUUGCGUCAGGGUCUACAAGCGACAGUUCAGAUGAUGAACCCUUAAUCAAGAAAGUAAAACACCCACAAGUCACCAAAAACCUGAGAAUAACCCUGGAGAGGUGUGAUGGUGAAGACGGCGGGGCAACAUUAAGCUCAAAGAAAACCAGCACAGACGCACCGAAUCCUGAAAAGACGUCGAGCAACAAAUCUGAGAGUUCACAGGAAUCCUUAGAAGAAGACUAAGCAGGCGGCAGAGAGCUGUUACAGGUCGAAGACACCAAUUUUGUUAUCACCUUUUCAACUUCUGGAAAAGGAAGUUCGAACCACUUAGUGGCUCCACUUUUGAAUAAUUACUUGAGCGUUUAAAGUCCGUUGGAGAGAUGCCUCCCAAUAAUCACACGUUAGUGUUCAUGUUCAGCAUUUUAUCUACAGACCUUAUGUACAUGUUAAUUUAUUGUGUUUUUAUUCCUGUUUUUUAAAACUUGGGGUCAGACUGUAGGUUUUAAAGCUCAAUCUUUGAUGCUACUUCACUGUGUGUUGCCUAUGGUUUGCGUUGGCUUCCCCCUUUUUCUUCUAUGAAUUUACAUCACACACUAGUUUAUGGCUCAUGCAUGUAAGUUCUAUUUCUACUUCAUAUGUUUAUGUUCACUGUACAAUUAGCAUGCAUCAAGGAGAACCUGCUGGGUUUGAUUAAACUGCUUUCACUAGAACAUUUGA